AUGAACCGGCUAAUAGGAGCAGCACAGACUAUAGUGUUUGCUGUGUAUUGCUAUUAUGUGAUACAAUACCUCAAGGGUUGCAGCAAGACAGGCGUCGGAGAGGGGCAGACACCCAGUGGAGCCGAUGCGGUUUAUAACCCGCUAGCUAGAGGACAACCGAAACUAGCGUCGAACUCAUAUCUCGACAAACGGUUCCCCGCUAGAGACUUGGAGCAGAUUGGCAAAGAAAAUGCUACAAUGGUGAUGCUCGUGCGGAACUUUGAGCUCGAUGGAGCACUAUCGUCGAUGCGCUCCUUGGAAGAUCGAUUCAAUCGAGAGUACAAAUACCCGUGGGUGUUUUUGAAUGACGAGCCCUUUGACGCGGAGUUUAUUGAAAAGACGAGUCUUAUGGCUAGUGGCAAGACUUUUUACGAACUUGUGCCGGCACAGGACUGGCAGCCCCCGCUGUAUAUCAACAAGACCCGGUUGGAUGAAAAUCUAAUCAACUCGCGAGCGAGCGUCUUGUAUGGCGGCGUGAGGUCUUAUAGAAACAUGUGCCAUUUCAACUCGGGUUUUUUCUACAAACAGAAGCGGUUGUUGAACUACGAUUGGUACUUUCGUGUUGAGCCCGACGUUGAGUACAUGUGCGACUUCCAGUACGACCCCUUUGAGCUUUUACGGGUCAACAACAAAGUCUACGGUUUUGUUAUAGCGAUCCGAGAGUAUGAAAACACGAUCCCGACGCUUUGGCAGACGGUUGAGUCCUUCAUGCAAGAAUUUCCUCAUUUGCUCCACCAAAACAAUGCCAUUGAUUUCUUGACUACAAAUGAAACAUCGUUGCACCACUUUGUGCAAUUGCGGCCGUCAUCCACCAAAUACAACUUGUGCCAUUUUUGGUCCAAUUUCGAGAUUGGCAACUUGAAUUUUUUCCGCGGGGAGGCGUACGAGACCUAUUUCCAAUAUUUGAGCAAAGCUGGCGGAUUCCAUUACGAAAGGUGGGGCGACGCGCCUGUUCACUCGAUUGGCUUGAGUUUGCUCGCGGACAAGCACCAGAUUCACCAUUUCGACGAUAUCGGAUACUACCAUGCGCCUUUUCUCUCGUGUCCUCACUCGGAAGAGAUCCUUGCCUCGAAGCGAUGCAUCUGCCAGCCCCGAGCUGCUCCCGUGAAUGUGACCAUUGAUGUCAACACCCACAGUUGCUUGGCCCGAUGGUGGAGACAUGGAGGCGGGAAACGGUUUUUGAAUGAGAUUGACUACAGACGUUGGUGA